AUGAAACUUUACUUGGAGCAAACUGUACGUACGCAACUGCGUCCAUGUUGUGAAGUAUCUCUUGGGUACAAGACAGAGUUGACUGAUGUGGUUCCACUGGAUGGUGUGACAUUCAACCAGGUGGACUGUAUCAGCCUACAGGCUGGAGGAGAUCCCAUCUGUCUUAAGAAACAGAAUGAUACAUCAGGCGCCCUGGUCCAGGUGUUUCCAGGUCCAGCUGUGAUUGUUCCUGAGCAGAACAAACUGAAGGACUACAACAAAAAAUCGGAUUUCCCAAAGACCCAUCAGCUGAGGCAGGGCGACACGAUCUCCUUAACUCUCCAUGAAAUACAGAGAAAGUCUGCUCAGCAGCAGGACCUGGAUGUGGAUGAUGAGGAGGUCCUGGAGAUAAAACCAGUUUACCACACUCUAAUCUGCCGGGAAGGUCGUGUCUGGCAUGACACAGGUAUUGUGUGCUAUGAUUCCACAUCUUCAGCAAUUCCUGUUGCACAGUUUAUAGCUACACGACCGCUGACCGCUGAAUGCAGCCAAUUCUCCUUUGAGAUUAUGAACCCUGGUGUGGGGUGCUACAUUGCUAUUGGACUGGUCCACCGACGUUACCGAAUGAACCGACAACCAGGCUGGGAUCCCUCCUCCAUCGCCUUCCAUGCUGAUGAUGGAGGAGUAUUUAUAGGGUCUGGUUGGCCACUACGUCGCACUGAACCUUGUCACGUUGGAGAUGUCAUGACCUGUGUAAUGGACUGGGAACAGCAAAAGGUUUCCUUCUUCAAGAAUGACAAGAUGCUGUACACAAGCAACAAGUUAAAGCGGGUUCCGACUGGCGGCUUCUUUCCAUGUGUUGGCCUUCACUCUAAAGCGAGGGCGGUCCGUCUUCUGGAUCUGGAUCCAUGGCUUCCACCUAAGGAAGGAGGCGAUAUGUCAUUAGAAGCUCCCAUGCUCACUAGCCAUCUAACAAAGUCAAACAUACCCCAGUACAUGUAUGUCAAGGUGUCACAGUGUAACACAGUACCCCCCAGUACACAUGUCAAGAUUCCAGCAUUGCCUCCAGCCUUCGACACCUACAAGUAUGGCAACCUGUGGAUCAGUCCAGGACUGAAGUUAUCUCUUCACCGUCAAAAACAGAAUUUGGAAGGAUGGCUAAUGUUACAUAAUCCAAGCAAAGAUCUUGUAGGAUUUGUGGUGAAGUCGACACCAGCCUGUAUAGACCUUGUUCGACAUCUUGAUCCAGGUGCCUCCUGCACUGUCCUCAUCAACAAACCUGGAACAGACAUCACAUCAAUGAGCAAGGUAGAAAUUGCCUGGUUUGCUCUCGACUCGGGGAAGGUGUACACAGAAAAGGAGAUAAAUGACAUCUACUCUGUCCUCACGGCCGAGAGUUACCACACCCAUAUGCUGAAGGUCAAGAUCACAGAAACCCAAGUGUCAGAUGUUACAAGGUUAAAGAGGAAAGCCGAGGGGGACCCGGACAUUCAGGACCAGUAUGAGCUUCAAGUGAGAAGGAAUGGGAGUCUAGUGGACUCCUACUACCUGGCUGCUGGAAGAUACACCUGUGUGCUGCCCAGAGAAGGCCAAGCUGGGUUGCAGAACAUCCUUCUCAGAUACCCCAGAUUCCCAACGUUUGAUCUGCCAAAUAUUUUCCAGAGAGGAAUGCGGCUCAUCGCUCAGCCCACAGAGAACACAUAUGCGGAGUGUGUUAUUGCUGAUGUGACACAUGAUGGGCUUGGCCUGACCCUGGAGUUCUCCCCCAAAGACCAAGAUGAGAACACACUGCUGUGUGUGGAAGCAGACUCGCCAGCCAUCCAGCUGGAAGAACUCCCUCUGGAGGUCAUCGAGGAAAUGUCCACUGUCAUCAAGGGGAGAAGGAGGGCAAGAAGGGAGAUAAACCUGAUGGGACCAAGACAGAGCAAAAGAAACCUGAUGACGGAACCAAGACAGAGCAAAAGAAACCUGAUGACGGAACCAAGACAGAGCAAAAGAAACCUGAUGACGGAACCAAGACAGAACAAAAGAAACCUGAUGACGGAACCAAGACAGAACAAAAGAAACCUGAUGACGGAACCAAGACAGAACAAAAGAAACCUGAUGACGUUCCAGCACCAAAACUUCUUCCUACUGAUGAGGCAUCCACCACAGAAGGGUUCUCACUCCUGAAGAGGUCAAAGAAUAUUUACACAGCCAUUGAGGAUGACAAGGAAACCAUUAUUGUUGACACUGAG